AUGGCCGCCGCUCCCUCCUCAGCCUUCUUCGGCGCCACCGGUCUUGUCGGCGGACAUCUGCUGACGGCUCUUCUCGCCCUGGACGGUUUUGGUCUCGUCCACACGAUCACUCGCCGCGUCCCCGUCCAGGCCGCGUCUUCAGAUGCCAAGAAGCUCGACGCGAUCGUUGAGCCGGAAACGGCAAAGUGGGUGGACCGGUUGCAGGCUCUGGGCAACAAGGACGAGGCUUCCAAAUCGACCUUCCCGUCUCUGGUCUUCUCGGCCCUCGGCACCACGCGGGCUCAAGCUGGCGGCCUCGCUAAUCAGUGGAAGAUUGACCACGACCUCAACGUCGACAUUGCCCGCGCCGCCAAGGCCGCUGGCGCCACCACGUUCAUCUUCGUGUCCAGCGCCGGCACCCGCGCCCCUCUCAUACGCAACAGCCCGUAUGCCAGCAUGAAGAACGGCGUCGAGGACACGAUCAAGGAGCUCGGCUUCGCCCAGACCAUCAUCAUUCACCCCGGUAUCAUCAUGGGCUCGCGCGAAAAGGGCCGCGAGCACACCGGCGGCGAUGCCCUGGCAGGCAUCGUGCGCGGCUUUGGCCGCUGGAUCUCCACCGGCGUGCAAGAUUCUCUGGGCCAGGAGGCCGAUGUCAUCGCGCGGGCCACCGCACACGCCGCACUUCUGGCCUCUCAAGGCAAGGCGCCGUCGCCGCACUGGGUGCUGGAGGCCAAGGAUAUUGUGCGUCUGGGCCGCGACGAGUGGAAGUUUUAA